AUGCAACAUCAACAGGACGAGGCAAUCGUUAUGCUACGAAAUUGCGACGCCAUUUUACGCAAACAAGCGACGGACAAAGCUGGAUUGGAGAAGCAAAAUCGAUGGCUCGUUGAGCGCAUCAAGAUAGCUCAUCAAGAAGCUUGCGAUCUAGAGUUCAAGAAUAGAGAACUAGAGUACCAGCUGGCGAAGGAAAGGCAAGAUCGCCCGGAGCAAUCCGCUACCAAGCAGAGUUGA